GCGGCUCGGGAGGAGGAGGAGAAACAGAACGACGAGGAGGGGGCCCGGGGCCGCCGAGCUCCGCGGGGCCGCCGCGUCGGCAGGGCCGGAGCCCGCGGGGGCCGCGCGAGGAGAGGCGCCGGGCCGGCGGCGAGCGGCCGCGGAGGGGAGCGGCGCGGCGGCCGGUACCGCCCGGGCGGGCGGGGGGCGACCUCCCCCCGCCCCCCGGCAGCGGCGAAGCGACCCCUGAGGGCAGCUCCGGCCGGAGCGUGGGGCGGGGGCUGCCGGCGCGGCGCCCCCGCUGAGCGCGGGGGGAGGAGAAGCCGCCCCCGCUCGAUGAGCGGCGCCCGCCCGCCCGCCGCGCUCUGCCCGGGGACCGGCGGCCGCGGCCGAGCCAUCCGGCAGCAUGUGGAGUCCCACCGAGGAGGAGAAAUACGGCGUGGUGAUAUGCAGCUUCCGAGGAACUGUUCCGCAGGGCUUGGUCCUGGAACUAGGUGAAACUGUCCAGAUCCUGGAGAAAUGUGAAGGUUGGUACAGAGGUGUUUCCAUUAAGAAGCCAAGUGUCAAGGGGAUUUUUCCUGCAAAUUACAUUCACUUAAAAAAGGCAAUUGUCAGUAACAGAGGGCAAUAUGAAACAGUUGUUCCUCUUGAAGAUUCAGUGGUGACUGAAGUCACAGCGACGCUGCAGGAAUGGGCCGUGCUCUGGAAACAGCUGUAUGUGAAGCACAAGGUGGAUCUUUUCUACAAGCUGCGGCACGUGAUGAACGAGCUCAUUGACCUGCGCCGGCAGCUGCUCUCGGGCCACCUGACCCAGGACCAGGUGCGAGAGGUCAAGAGACACCUCACAGUGAGGCUGGACUGGGGCAAUGAGCAUUUGGGCCUUGACUUAGUUCCACGGAAGGACUUUGAGGUUGUGGAUUCAGAUCAGAUCAGUGUGUCAGACCUUUACAAAAUGCAUUUGUCAAGUAGACACAGUGUCCAGCAGAGCACAUCACAGGUGGACACCAUCCGUCAGCGGCACGGGGAAGCCUGCCGGAUGCCAGUGCCUCAUCACUUCUUCCUCAGCCUGAAGAGCUUCACCUACAACACCAUUGGAGAGGACACUGAUGUGUUUUUUUCCUUGUACGAUGUCCGGGAAGGCAAACAGAUCAGUGAGAGGUUCAUGGUGAGGUUAAACAAGAACGGAGGCCCCAGGAACCCGGAGAAGAUCGAUCGAAUGUGUGCGCUUUUCACAGAUCUCAGCAGCAAGGACAUGAAGAGGGAUUUGUACAUAGUUGCCCAUGUAAUCCGAAUAGGCCGCAUGUUGCUCAAUGACUCCAAGAAAGGGCCCCCCCACCUGCACUACCGGCGCCCCUACGGCUGCGCCGUGCUCAGCAUCAUGGACGUGCUCCAGUCCCUCUCGGAAAUCAAGGAGGAAAAGGACUUUGUGCUCAAAGUUUACACGUGUACCAAUGAGAACGAAUGGUGCCAGAUCCACGAAAACAUCAUCCGCAAGUCCAGCACCAAAUACACAGCCCCCAGCUCCAACUAUGGACUUAUAAUAUCUCUUCAGCUUCUUCGUGGUGACAUGGAGCAGAUCCGAAGGGAAAACCCCAUGAUCUUUAACAGAGGUGUUUCUGUCACCAGGAAGCUGGGAUUUCCUGAUGUUAUCAUGCCAGAGAUGAAGAUUGUUGGGUGUGACAUCAGGAAUGACCUGUACCUGACCCUGGAGAAGGGGGACUUUGAGAGGGGUGGCAAAAGUGUGCAGAAGAACAUCGAGGUGACCAUGUACGUGCUCUAUGCUGAUGGAGAGAUCCUGAAGGACUGCAUCAGCCUGGGCUCGGGCGAGCCGAGCCGCAGCGCGUACCACUCCUUCGUGCUGUACCACAACAACAGCCCGCGCUGGGGCGAGAUCAUCAAACUGCCCAUCCCCAUCGACCGCUUCCGCGGCUCCCACCUGCGCUUCGAGUUCCGCCACUGCUCCACAAAGGACAAGGGAGAAAAGAAACUCUUUGGUUUUGCAUUCACCCCAUUGAUGAGAGAUGAUGGCACGACCUUGUCAGAUGACAUCCAUGAGCUUUAUGUUUAUAAGUGUGAUGAGAACAGCACGUUCAACAACCACGCGCUCUACCUGGGGCUGCCCUGCUGCAAGGAGGAUUACAACGGCUGCCCCAACAUCCCCUCCAGCCUCAUCUUCCAGCGCAGCACCAAAGAGACCUUCUCAGUCUCCACACAGCUCUCUUCUACCAAACUGACCCAGAAUGUGGAUCUGCUUGCCCUGCUCAAAUGGAAAGCUUACCCAGACCGAGUGAUGGAUAUUCUGGGAAGACUGAGACAUGUCAGUGGCGAGGAGAUUGUAAAGUUCUUACAAGAUAUUCUGGACACGUUGUUUGUAGUUUUGGAUGACAACACAGAGAAGUAUGGUCUGUUGGUCUUUCAGUCUCUGGUGUUCAUCAUCAACCUGCUCCGUGACAGCAAGUACUUCCACUUCCGCCCCGUGAUGGACACCUACAUCCAGAAGCACUUUGCAGGAGCUCUGGCUUACAAGGAGCUGAUCCGCUGUCUGAAGUGGUACAUGGACCGCUCGGCCGAGCUCGUGCGCCAGGACCACAUCCAGGAGGCAAUGAGGGCCUUGGAAUAUCUUUUCAAGUUCAUUGUCCAAUCUCGGAUCCUUUACUCCAGAGCUACUUGUGGAAUGGAGGAGGAGCAGUUCCGCUCCAGCAUCCAGGAGCUUUUCCAGUCCAUCAGAUUUGUGCUCAGCUUGGACAGCAGGAGCUCUGAGACUCUCAUCUUCACACAGGCUGCCCUGCUGAACUCGUUCCCUGCCAUCUUUGACGAGCUGCUGCAGAUGUUCACGGUGCAGGAGGUGGCGGAGUUCGUGCGCGGCACGCUGGGCAGCAUGCCCAGCACGGUGCACAUCGGCCAGUCCAUGGACGUGGUCAAGCUCCAGUCCAUCGCCCGCACGGUCGACAGCCGCCUCUUCUCCUUCUCAGAGUCGCGGCGCAUCCUGCUGCCUGUGGUCCUUCACCACAUUCACCUUCACCUACGACAGCAGAAGGAGCUGCUUAUCUGCUCUGGGAUCCUCAGUAGUAUCUUCUCCAUAAUCAAGACCAGUUCUUUGGAGGGAGAUGUCGUGGAGGAGGUUGAGAUGAUGGUGGAGAGCCUCCUGGACGUGCUGUUACAAACUCUGCUCACAAUCAUGAGUAAAUCGCAGUCUCAGGAGGCGGUAAGAGGGCAGCGCUGCCCGCAGUGCACAGCAGAAAUCACUGGAGAAUAUGUCUCCUGCCUUUUAUCUUUGCUUCGUCAGAUGUCAGACACUCACUUCCAGCACUUACUGGACAACUUCCAAAGCAAGGAUGAGCUGAAGGAGUUCCUCCUGAAGAUUUUCUGUGUGUUUCGGAACCUGAUGAAGAUGAGUGUCUUUCCUCGAGACUGGAUGGUCAUGAGGUUGCUCACCAGCAAUAUCAUAGUUACAACAGUUCAAUACUUGUCUUCUGCCCUGCAUAAGAAUUUCACAGAAACGGACUUCGAUUUUAAAGUGUGGAACUCUUAUUUCAGCCUGGCAGUUUUGUUUAUAAACCAGCCAAGUCUCCAACUAGAAAAUGCCACACCACCUAAGAGGAAGAAGAUUCUGGAUAAGUAUGGUGAUAUGAGAGUGAUGAUGGCCUAUGAGCUCUUCAGCAUGUGGCAGAACCUGGGUGAGCACAAGAUUCACUUUAUUCCGGGAAUGAUUGGCCCCUUUCUGGGUGUUACCCUUGUUCCACAACCAGAAGUGCGGAAUAUCAUGAUCCCCAUCUUCCAUGACAUGAUGGACUGGGAGCAGAGGAAGAAUGGCAACUUCAAACAGGUGGAGGCCGAGCUGAUCGAUAAGCUGGACAGCCUGGUGUCUGAAGGAAAAGGUGAUGAGAACUACAGGGAGCUCUUCAGCCUGCUAACCCAACUCUUUGGGCCUUAUCCCAGUUUGCUGGAGAAGAUUGAGCAGGAGACUUGGCGGGAGACCGGGAUCUCCUUUGUCACGUCCGUCACUCGGCUCAUGGAGCGUCUGCUCGACUACAGGGACUGUAUGAAAGGAGAUGAAACAGAAAACAAGAAGAUUGGCUGCACUGUUAACCUAAUGAAUUUCUACAAAUCUGAAAUUAACAAGGAGGAGAUGUACAUCCGCUACAUCCACAAGCUGUGUGACAUGCACCUGCAGGCUGAGAACUACACAGAGGCUGCAUUCACUCUGCUUUUGUACUGUGAGUUGCUUCAGUGGGAGGACAGACCUCUGAGAGAGUUCCUGCAUUACCCAUCUCAGUCAGAGUGGCAACGUAAGGAAGGUCUGUGCCGUAAGAUUAUCCAUUACUUCAACAAAGGGAAGAGCUGGGAGUUCGGCAUCCCGCUGUGCCGAGAGCUGGCCAUCCAGUACGAGAGCCUCUAUGACUACCAGAGCCUCAGCUGGAUCCGGAAAAUGGAAGCUACCUAUUAUGAUAAUAUCAUGGAACAGCAGCGCUUAGAACCGGAGUUUUUCAGAGUUGGUUUUUAUGGUCGAAAAUUCCCAUUUUUCCUGCGGAACAAAGAAUACGUGUGUCGGGGCCACGACUAUGAGAGGCUGGAAGCCUUCCAGCAGAGGAUGCUGAGCGAGUUCCCCCAGGCCAUCGCGAUGCAGCACCCAAACCACCCCGACGACUCCAUAUUGCAGUGUGAUGCCCAGUAUUUGCAGAUCUAUGCAGUGACUCCCAUCCCAGACAAUAUAGACGUGCUGCAAAUGGACCGUGUCCCCGAUCGCAUCAAGAGCUUUUACCGCGUCAACAACAUCCGCAAGUUCCGCUACGACAGACCCUUCCACAAGGGCCCCAAGGACAAGGAGAACGAGUUUAAGAGCUUGUGGAUUGAACGCACCACUCUGACCCUGACUCACAGUCUGCCUGGGAUCUCUCGCUGGUUUGAAGUGGAGAGAAGAGAACUGGUUGAAGUAAGUCCUUUGGAAAAUGCCAUUCAAGUGGUUGAGAACAAAAACCAGGAGCUGAGGACGCUGAUAAGCCAGUACCAGCAUAAACAAAUGCAUGGCAACAUUAAUCUUCUCAGCAUGUGUCUGAACGGAGUGAUUGAUGCCGCCGUCAACGGGGGAAUUGCGCGGUACCAGGAGGCCUUUUUUGAUAAGGAUUAUAUCACAAAGCACCCUGGAGACGCAGAGAAGAUCACCCAGCUCAAGGAACUCAUGCAGGAACAGGUACAUGUCCUAGGAGUGGGUCUGGCAGUCCAUGAGAAAUUUGUACACCCCGAAAUGCGUCCCCUGCAUAAGAAACUGAUCGAUCAGUUCCAGAUGAUGCGAUCCAGUCUGUACCAUGAGCUGCCUGGUUUGGAUAAGCUGAGCCCGGCCUGCUCUGGCUCCAGCACCCCCCGCAGCAACGUGCUGGUGUCGCACGGCCCCAUGAGCCCAGAGAGCAUCAAGCUGGUGCACAGACACAGCCCACUGAACAUGCUUGGUUCAGUCCGACACUCCUCAUCCUCUCUGUCGUCGCACACCUCCAGUGAAACAGGAAACCUGGUUAUCCUGACAGACAGCUCUGUGGGGGAGACUGCUGAGGAUAUGUACCACAUGCAGGCUAGUCCUUCCACCUCCAGCCUGAGCUCCACUCACUCGGCCCCAUCGCAGAUGAUUAACUCUGCCCCUUCCAGCGCUCGAGAGCAGAUACAGCAUGGGCGGCAGCUGUGCAAGUUCCCCCACGCUGCCCCCACCCAUGUGCCUCAUCUCUGUCCUGGAGGGACCACCUCUAGAGGCUCUCCCUCUCUACCAGAUAAGUACCGGCACUCCCGGGAGAUGAUGAUGUUGCUGCCAGCGCACCGGGACCGACCGAGCAGCGCCAUGUACCCCGCAGCCAUCAUGGAAAACGGACAGCCUCCAAACUUCCAGCGCGCCUUGAUCCAGCAGAUGAUUGGACCGUGCAAACCUUGCAGUGACCCCAACCUGUCUGUGGCUGAGAAAGCUGUGCCAGCAGCACCCAGUAGCUGGAGCCUGGACAGCGGAAGCCGGGAGGCGCUGCCAUUCCUGUCUGCCCACGCUGGGAGCGUCCUGGCCCCACCAGUGCCUCCCCGAAGCCUCUCCCAUGGCCACUACUCACUGCACUUCGAUGCCUUCCACCACCAGCUCAGUGAUGCUCCUCCGGCACUGCCCGCACGAACGUUGCGCAAGUCUCCUCUUCAUCCUAUCCCUGCAUCGCCCACCAGUCCGCAGUCUGGGCUAGAUGGCAGUAACUCCACUUUGUCGGGCAGUGCCAGCAGUGGUGUCUCUUCCUUGAGCGAGAGCAAUUUUGGACAUUCUUCUGAACCACCUCCUCGCACAGACACCAUGGAUUCCGUGCCCAGCCAGGCCUGGAACACUGACGAAGAUCUAGAGACACCCUACCUCCCUGUCAGGUACAGUCUCUCUGAGCCUGAUGUCCUGGAGUCGCUCAAAUCCCAGCCAUGCCGAAGCCACUCUGCUCCAACUGGAGUCAUUCCUCAGGACACCAUGGACCCUCCUGCUUUACCCCCCAAACCUUACCACUCCCGGCUGCCAAACAUGGAGAACGAGGAGGGGAUGAUGAUCGAAGAUGAUGACAAACACCGCCCGUUGCAUCGUAAGGUGUCCCAGCCGGUGAGUGCUGGAAAGGAAGAGCAGGCCAGGGUGGCGUGGGAGCACGGCAUCAGCGAGCAGUAGGGACAGCUCCUGGCACGCAGCUGGCAUUGGCAUUCCAGGUCUGGCUACGACAGAGAGAGAGCGGGACUCGGAGAACAGCAAACCGAUUUUCUACUGCCGCAAGGUUGUGUCUGAAGCCCACAAAAGAGAUUGGGCCAGCAUGGCAGGUUGCUGCUUUCCUUUUUAAUUUCUUUUUACACCUUUCCGUUAUGUUUUUUAACUUUCUGUGCAGUGGACAGUUUAUUCCUUCUGCAGUUUCUUAACCACAUCACACGGCAUAUGAGCCAUAGAGACUUGCAGAAGCUGAAAAAUACAAUUUUAAGUGGAGGGGAAAACGGGGGGAAUGUGGCAAGUUGAUUUUGAACCUGCUUUCCUCCCGGUUCUGAGACGCACAUGAGUAGAAGCAGUUGCACUAGGGACAUAUUUCUUUGCUGUACAGAAUUGAAAGCUCAUUGCUGAAAUCAGGGAUUCUAUGAACUGUCAGGCUGGAAGGUGCAUGAGCUGCAGGCAGUGGAAAGAUGGCAAUUCUAAGAAGAAAUUGGCUCUUUUGAGAGCAGGAUUGUACAUAUCUGUGCAGUGAUCUCCCUGCAUUCGUUCAUAGGUGCUGAGGCAAUCUAAAGCAGUGCUGCUGCACUGAUCUCCAAGAUAUCAUUUCCAACAAACUCUGCCUCCUUUGUUUUUUAUGUACUGUUUCAUUUCUUAAAUUUUGCUUUCACUGGCUAAGCCAACCUGCUUUCUCAUGGGAAUCGUGUUAUUCAUCUGUGCUACAGAAUGAGAGGAGGUUGGUGGCUACUGGAGCUACAACCUCAUUGUAGGCCUUUCCCAUGCCCAGCUUUGGGCAGGCUGUUGACACCAGCAUUUCUAUUCCAGAUUAAAACAAAACCAACCAAAUUGAGUUUCUCAUGCCACAAGCUGGUUGCUGACCCAGCCAGUAAAGAAAAGGUGGCUUAAAUGCAUCAUAUCCAACAAUCCUUGCCUCAGGGCUGAACAUCAUAAUUCUCACCAACUUCCAUCACCCAGGAGCUGAGAUUCAUUCCUGUUAACUCAAUAUCCUCAGUCCCUCCCAACAACUCACUGCAGCUGGUGUGCAGAAAGAAUCUCCCGUCUCUCAGAGCAGACAGAAAACACCAAGACUUGAGCAAUGCCUGGUAUCAAGUGUACACCCCAGAGUCAGGGACCUUAAAGGCAACCUGUAAAGAACAAGUGUUUGUUUCCUCUUUUGCUUCUUUAGAAUGUGUAGUAAGAGCUGCUGCUCCUCUCUUCUGGAAGGUUGCUUUCUUUUUCCUUUUCUCCUCAGGCAGCAAUACACCCUUUCCCCAUCCCAUGGUUUUUAUUAAUAAGCUCUAGAAAGGACUGAAGAACAUUGUGGGGGAACCAAGCCACACCACACAAACCAGAACUGUGCAGAGCUGAAGACAGUUCAGGUCUAUGAACCCAAAACAUGCCUUUUAAUCAGUACUUGCACAGUUCAGGAAAAAAAUAUCAGUGGGUAAUAUUGUUCUUUACAAAGAAAAGAUCAUGGUUCUAAGAAACCUUUUAUUCCUGUUUUCAUACUUAUCAAGAAUUUUUCAGUCAAAAUAGUACCAAAUAUUUAAUGUUUUUAGACAAACAAGCCACGUUCCUUUCCCUUGCCAUACCCUCACACAUUUUAGCCUGCCUCACAACCCUUUCAGCUGCAGACUGCAAAGCACACUCCGUAGGAUGGAAACAGCCCUCCCUCUUUCCUACCACUGAAAAAUCUGAAGCACAUUCAAGUAAGACCUCCACCAUAUAAAUUAGUGCCAGAAACAGGAACAGCACCCAACUUACAUCUUGAAUUCUUGCCUAACUGCUCAGUUUCUCCUGCUAAAAACAGCAUAAAGAAGCAAAAAAGGAUUAUUAUAAAUCUUUUACAGGUCACCUUUAGCACUACCUCUAAAUACAGUGACUGGGCAGAGUACAUGGUUUCUGAACUGGCUAAAGAUGGUCUGGCUGUAUAAAGUCUGGACUCAGCAGUUGUGUGAAGGGGACUUUAAGAGGAUUUGUUUGUUUUCUUUCUCAAGCUCUAGCCCAUGCAAAACUACUAAGUUAUAGAUUUGUUUCUUAAAUGGCCUAUUUGGCUGGAACAAAAUCUCUCUUGCUUCCUCUAUUUUGUUACUAACACAGGCUGCUUGUAAUCAUUAUAUCCUUCACAAUUUAAACAAUGAUAAUAAAAUCUGGCCUAUAGUGGAUGUUUCAUCUUUAGCAGGAAGGAGAGUUUUCCAAUGCUAGGACAGUCCUCAAUGUUAACAAACCAAGCUGAUCUCUGGUAUAGAACAAAUGCAGGAAAACAACUGAUGUUUUCAGUAAAGGUAAGUCAAGGUAAUUCCUUAGAAAAGGGUGAAAUGUUUUCAUAUAUGCUAUCCUCCAAUCCCACUGAGACUCUUCCAGUGAAUUUCUUCCAAGAACUAAGUUUUAAUUCCAUCUCCCUUGCCCCAGUUUCUUUUUUUUCCUGGCAGCAAGACUAAAAGUAGUAAAUGUAGUGACUUACCGAGCUUCCUUAAUGUGAAAAACCAGCAGGUCUUGCAAAUAAAACUUUGCAGAACCAAGAAUGCAAUUACCAUGGGACUGAGUCCCAGGCAGCUGGAAAACCUGCCCACCAGAUCUCUAAUCAGUCUCUGAAAAUGCAUGAUCCUGCUCUGAUUGGAGACCUGGUACAACAGCAGUGAGUCCAUUUGGGGAGUCUGGCUUCCCUAUGUAUUUGCAAGAGUUUGAAGAUCAAUCAGGUGGUGUGUACAAAUACCUAAUUUAUGGCAGGUCCACAUAAAGAAGGGUGGAAUAAAUUGCUGAAUUUACCAAAUUUAAGCCUCUCUGGAGUUAAAUUUCUGUUAUUGUUCUGAUAUCUACCAAGUAUUCUGUCUCCCUUUUCAGUGUUUGCCUUAAAGGGAGCAGAAGAUAGAAAGACUAUUAUUGAGAUUUUGUGAAUCUUGGAACUAACAUUGCCUGGAACUACUAUUUCUCUGUAGGGUGAGGUGUCUUUUAGCAUAGUACAACUCCAACGUCAAGCUCAGUCCUGGAGUAGGUGGAAGCAACAGCAGUUGUUGCACUUGCCCAACAGGAUUUGAAGAUUCCUUGUAUAAAACACAGCAAGAGGAUGUUUUGAACAGGACCUUGACUUUCUAUACCUAACUCUAAUUCAACCUCAGUGUACUUGCCUUCAUUGGGUUUUCUUUGCAUAAGAAAAUAGCAUGUGCAUUCCUGAGAAAAUUGGUGGAAUUCUGCUAUAAAUCUCUCCAUCAUCAGUGUACCUGCUGGCCCCAUUUGAAACAAAAUUGAGACGGAGCUACAGUGGUAGAAGAAAAGCAAUUCAAACAAUUUCUCUGAAUCCUACUUUUUUUUCCAAUAGUUGGAUUGGUUUUAUUGCUGUAUGCAAGACUCAGAUCCUUUUUCGUAUUUUCCUCCGUUUGGUUUUUAGCUUAUUUACCCUUUUUUAGGUAAGGGAUAUUGCAUAUCCCUUCUGUGGAGUAUCAGCCAAAACUGGGGAGGCUGGAGAGAGCAAGAGCCUUUGGGAAACAAAUUAUGUGAUAUUUAAAAUUUCCUCUGGUCAUGCUUCUUUGUAAAUACCCCCAUUUGAAUGCUGUGUAUUUGUACAGGAAAUUGAGCAAAAAAUGUAUAGAUUGUGAUGUCUGACUGGUAUUCUGCCCUGUAAAUGUGUUUUUAACCUCUGGCAUUCUGUGCUUAUUUAAAAAAAAAAAAAGGCGAAAACCUCUAACCACUUCUCUUUUGUGUAUUCAUGUUUAAAAUAAAAUGAAAACAGCUAUCUUAUCUAUAAUGGAAAUCAAAUUCAAAAGGAAAAACUUAAUUUGUACAAGUGUCCUAAAGGUACUUCAUUGUAUAUAUUGUGAUAGCAUGUUUCCAGAACCAACAAAUAAGUGGUGUGAAUUUUAGAUGUAAAUAUCUGCCGUUUGUUUUGGGUUCCUUUCCCUUACCCAUUCACUCGACUGCUGUGAUGUGGAAUUAAAGAUUAAUACCUGAUAUUAAAACAGUACAGCUGUA